AUGGGCAGCAGACGCAUGACAGUGGCGGCACCACACGUUACCAGGCGGGGAGGGCGCGAGAAGAACGAGGCCGGCCGUGACAUCACUCGCCGAGAGGCCGCCGCGUGGGCGGCAGAUGGCGUUCCGUCUGCGCUCUGCUUCAAGGCACUGCGCCACUCGCUGCGCGUCCAGAACUUGUACGGCGAGCUCAUCUUUGCCGUGCCGGCCUUCUUGUCGUGCGACGAGUGCCAGCGGGUUCGCUCGUUUGCCGACGAAGGCGCAUUUGAGCGCGUGACGCAACGGGCCAGUCGAGAGUACGCGUUCAGGGACAACGAUCGGCUGUUGCUGCGGCUUCCGGCGUUCGCAGAGCUGCUCUGGAAGCGCCUGCAGCCACACGUUCCUGUCGAGUACGAAGGCAUGCAUGCCGCCGGGUUGAACCCCGCCAUUCGCUUCUAUCGCUACCACAAGGGACAGCGGUUUGGCUGCCACGUUGACCAAAGUGACGUGGACCGACGAACGGGCUACCACAGCCGCUUCACUGUGCUCGUGUACCUGAACGACUCGACGGACUCAGACUUGCAGGGCGGCAGCACCGUCUUUUAUGCGAACGAAGCUGGGGCGAAGGAAGAGCAGGUGGUGCUGGACGUCGUUCCACAGACGGGGUCAGCACUCGUACAUGGUCGUGGAGAUCGCUGUCUACUGCAUGAAGGGGCUCUGGUCACUCGAGGAGUGAAGUACUUGCUGCGCACCGACGUCAUGUACUCUCAGACAAGGAAGUAG